UGCCCACAGUGCACACCGCCGCCGACAUGCCCGCCCGACCCGCCGCCAACCCGCCCGGGUUGGUAAUAAAGCGGCACAACAUACGAAUAUGGUGUCACGAAUGCGAUAUGGGGCGCCUUCAACGCGUAGUGUGGGAAGGGCAGGGCGCUAGGCUGCUCAGCGAAGUAUCCAGCCAGCCCGUGGUCAAGAGGUUCCUUGAGGCUGUACCUUAUAUUAUGAAUACGAUACGCGAUAUCCAUAGUGCUGUAAUUCAAAACGAUUUAGAAGGUAUCAUGAAACUGACCAGCGAUCCAGUACCGCCCCAGGCUCUAUCCAGCAGAGACGCCAACAACCUGACAGCUAUGCACAAAGCUGCCGGCCUAGGUCAUUGUGGUAUAAUGAAGUAUAUAAUAGAGAGAUACCCUCAAGGAAUUAACGAUGUUGAUAAUGAUGGACGUACACCACUACAUUACGCUGCCGUUUUUAAAGACGACCAGCAUACGUACAACACUCUUAUAAGUUCCGGCGCAGACGAAAGCAUUGUGGAUAAUAAAAAUAAAACUCCAGCUUAUUACAUCAAUAGGACCCAAGAUAUAGACAAAAAUAUCUUAAAAAUAUUGCCUGAGGCGCCAAGAACUCCUUCUGGCACAUAUCCAUCUUCAUGGGACUGGAAAAUUCUAGAUACUGAAUUCGUUGGAGAAAUUAAUACUAAAAAGAAUAGAAAAAAAAAUGUUAAGGCCUCAAACGAAAAUAUUUCCUCAAAAAAUAAUACAAGUACAGUAACGGAUAGCAUUGAUACUAACAAUGUUUCGUCCCUGAAAAAUAGCAGCACACAUGAGUUAAUAAGUGAUUUACCAGACUUGGAUGAUAGUGAAAAACAGAAUGUUGGCUAUAACGAUCCCAGCGAAGAUCAUACAGAAGAUAUUAAGGAAACUACUGAGAUUGAAAAGCCUUUAGAAGGGAAAAACGAAGAAGACACAAUUGAAGAAACCGAAAAGGAGUCUGCUGAUAAAAUUGAAAUGGAAAAUGUGUCAGAAAAUUCAAAUAGGGAUGUUGAGAUACAAGUAAAGGAAGAAAAUGCAGAUUCUGCAGCGGAGCGUAAAAACAGUGAUAAAAACAAUGAGCAAAACGAGAUGGUGGAGCAUAAUAUUGGCACUGAUUUGAAUGAAAACACUGAAGAAAUAGUCGAACAAAGCAAAAAUAGUGACGAAGAUAAAGAUGAAAUGGGUGGUCAAAAUGAAAUUACUGCACAAUCUAAUGAAGAUGAAGAAAACCCCCAGGAAAAUGCUAACGAUAAUAGAAAUAAUGUUAUGAAUAACGAUGAAAAAGAAACACAGCAUGAAAGUACACAUAAUAGUCCACGAAAAUUACCAGAAGAAAGUCAAUUAAAGGAAGAUGAUUCAAAUAUGAAGCAAUUAGAGAGUGAGCACAAUAAUAAUGAUAAUAAGAAUACUAAAAAUAUUAAUGGUUACGAUGAAAAACUAAAAGACCAACAUUCAAAUAAUCAAAAUGAAAUAAUCGAAAAUGAAAAUUCUAAGCAAGAAGAAGAUGAAACAUGUGAAGGAAACUUCACCAACGGUCGAAAUAUCCAAGAAAGUCUCAUAGAAGGUAUUAUCAGCAGUGAAGCUGAACAAGAAACUCAAGACGCUAGUGUUACACAAAGAGAUAACUCAGUUCGCAGCAAAAAUGUUGUAGAUAAUGAAAUAGAUCCCGAAGUUACUGACUUAAUAUAUACAGCAAAUAUGGAAAUGUUAGCUACCUUAGUAUUAAAUGGAGAAGGAUCCAGAUUGAUUGGCAGACGAUCUGGAAAUGUUGAAUUACAAGCUUUUUUAGAUAAUGUACCAAAUUACAUGGAAAAAAUAAAUAGGGUCCACAUAGCAGCAAGAGAUGGUAAUAUAAAAGAUUUGCAAUCAGCUUUAGAUCGUAGAAAAUUUGCGAUUGCUCGUGAUCCUAUUUCAGCUAAUGGUGCUACUCCACUACAUGUAGCUACGAUUCAUGGAAAAACUAAUAUAAUUAAAUAUUUAGGGGGAAGAUUCCCGGAAACAUUAUCUGCUGUAGACUUUGAAGGCAGAACAGCUUUACAUUUUGCUGCAGUGAUACCAGACAAUGGUCACUAUUACAUCUUAUUACAACAACUGGGCGCUAACUCUAAAGAUUUAGAUGAUAUUGGACGCUCUGCUGAAGAUUAUUAUAGAAACCCAACUUUACUACCUUUCAAACAAUUGUUAUCAGAUUUUGGGAUUAGUGAAGAGAAAGCUCAGACCAUGUUCUCCGAUCAGGUUUCAGGUAUAAACCACGUCAAUAACGGCCAUAUGGACAUUCCCAUCUUUCACACCGAAGAAGGCAGAUACCUCGCUAAGUCACUCGGCGAUCCUUUAAUCAAAGGUCUGACCGAAGUGGCUAAUGUUAAACCAAAGGAUCCAGUUGCUUUUCUUGCGACUUUUCUUCAUAAUUUUCCCGCUCAGGAGAAGCCUCGAUUAGGAACACAGGAAACAAAUAUAAUAGUGACAAAGGAGACGCCUGAAAUGGACAAUGAACAUUUACCUCCUGUUGAAGAUGAGGAGGAAACAUCAUUGAAAAAUGCAAAAGAAGAUAGAGCACGGACAGCCGCGCUUACUGCCACUCGGAAAAUUCGGCCAAUAGAUGUAAUUGCUGUAGAAGCGAAUGCGGAAAACAACUCAGAUGCACCUGAAACAGCAACUAGUAGUGCUAAUAGGGACGAACACGGGCAGUCCAUGCUACAUUUCGCAGCAGCUAGAACUCACACCAACAAUGCAUUGUUUCAACUCUUACAAGAAUCUGACGUGAGCCUUGGAUUUAGAGACGAGCUGUACCGCACAGCGCGAGAUGUUUCCAUACAGGCGAAUGUUCUGGAGAAUACCUCGGAGAUCGAUCGAUGGGUUUUGCAUUUGGCUGCUAGAGGAAAAACUGAUAAGAUAAUGGAGCUGCUUCUUCAAGGAUAUGAUCAUAUUCUCGAUAUAGUAGACGAUGAAGGUGUUCCAAUAUCUGAAGUGGUGGCACAGCGCGGCGAUGAUGAGAUGAAUAACUUACUCACGUCGAUUCCUGCAUUUGAGGAAUCGAGGGAGACCUUGCACGGUGCAGUGCGGAGAGGAGACUUGGACACUGUGCAGGAGAUUGUGUCAGCUGAAGGUGGGCGAACACUUGUUAGAGCACAGAACACAUUUGGCAGAAAUGCCCUCCAUAUUGCUGUACUGGCUCAGCAUGAAGAAAUUGUUGCUUAUUUGUCUGAAAAUUGCUCUGAACUACUUCGACUCGGGGACAACCUGGAGCGUACUCCACUGCACUACGCAAUGGGAGUCAACAAGAUGGAAUCAUUAAGUUACUUGCUGAUCCAAGCGGGUGCCAAGCGGGUUCUUAAGGACCUAAAAGGGCGUCAACCAUCAUACUAUUUCAUGAAUAAAUCUGAAAUACUACGUCUCAAGGAAGAGGAGGAAGCUUACUAGUGAACAUUUAAAUUUUAGUCUGCAUCGCGUGAGUUUUCUAGUACCUAAGUAUCUGCUUUCGAUCUGUAGGUCUUGAAAAACUUUUAAGGGCGACAGCAUCUGUUUUUAAUCUAGAAGAUCAGCGCAGUCUACAUAUAAGAAGAAGAAGCAAACUAACAUCUGCUUCCGACCAGCAUUUUUCUUUGGUGUCGAGUUAUAACUGGUAGCCAGGUUCCUGCAGUAUCUGCGUGAACACGAAAGCUUAAGAUUUAUCCCCAGGGCUCGAAUAUCGAGCUCCUUAGCACUCGAAUGUCGAGCUCCUUAGCACUCGAAUGUCGGGGCCAAUGUCUACCUUAGGGCACCUACUUUAGUACUUUGAGACUCAGACCAAAGCUUAGGUGGCGGCUUAUGAUAAUGUUGGGGCUACUUUUAGCCAUUUUUCCCCCGAGAAUGUUAUGGAAAUCCCUCUGGGUGAAGAAAUCGAGACCUUGAAUCACAUUCGGAAAUCUAGGAAAUCGUAUAUGUUGUGGUCGACUGUUGUUGCUGAGGUCAUUACCAACUUUCUUACUGAAAAAUGCAUUGCGAGUCUUGGUGCGAUGAACAAUCAACUUAGACGAAGAUGAAGAUAAUUUCUCUCCCACAUUGAUUAGAAUUUAGAUAUUUAUCAUUUAUUUACUACACAGUGUUAUGGAGUUUUAGUAAUCAAGUCUUUAUACAGAUAUCUAGUUACCUAUUUAUAUUUGUAAAUUAAUACUACAAUUAAAGUUUUAAGCAAAAAAUUUCGCAUGUUUUAGACAAAGAUACCUUUGAUAGAGACUCAAAGAAGUCUGCGUGUUUUCAUUCAUUGAAGAUAAUACUUGUUUAAAAUGUUCAAAUAAUAUGUAGGUACUUUU